AUGAAGCGAGGUUCAGUUUGUACUAACUGGACCCUGGUGAUGACGGAGAUCGAUUCGUAUAGAAAGAAAACAUAUGUGGAGGAUUCGACUCCGAGCAAGUUAGCCGGUCAACGAAGUAACCAAACAACAGCAUUUGAGACGGAUUCAGAUGGAGAAUCACUUCCUUCUCUAGACAAGAUUCGUUUCGACGACAAUAUAGUGGAACUGGAAGAUUCCAAAAAGUCUAAAAAAAAGAGAGAAAAGGCGAACGUUACCUGUUCAGAUCGGGGUCAUCGGCGAGAAGAGCAAUUAAAUAAGUCAAUGUCUGUUCCAUCAUCUUCAAGCAACGAGUCACUACCAUCUUUACACAAAAUUCGAUUCGACGACCAUAUAGUCUCAAUAACUGAUCCCAAUCCUUUGGAGGAGUCUAACGUUGCAAAUGCGCAGAAGCAAAAGAACGACCAGGCUGCUCUAUCGCCGGAAACCAGAACCGCGGAGACCUUUCGUACAGGAAAUCGGUCUGAUGAGCUCGUAUUGUCACCACCACGAAAUAUGGAAGAAUUUCAUCCACAACAACAAGAUUCUGCUUCGCGAAAAAAAUCGAAGAAACGAACAGAAGGGACAUUGGCAAACUCGAACAGUCGGAAAGGCGAAGGUUCUGAGCGUAAGAAUGUAGACCGCGACAAAGAUUCUGCGAGGAGAAACAAGGAUUAUGCUGCUCAAAACAGGAAAGAAGAUGUACAACUUGAACAGAGCAUUCGCAUUGGUGGUAGAUUUUUCUCUCGAGAAGAAACUGAGGGCUUAUUGCGCAAUCUCGCUCAAUUGAAGAAGGAAUCUAAUGCUGAGAAAUCUCGUCGUCAUUAUACCAAUUUCAACAGAAUUGACAGCACUCGCACUUCAAGAGCAGCAUCACCAACAGUAGUGACAAAAAGUGUUCCUCAGGCUUCUCUUCCGAACCCUUCGACAGCUACGAAUGUUCGUUCCAGAAGUGAUAAUCAAAGAGUUGCAUUGCCGCGACCUAAUUAUCACAGAAUUGACAGUUGUCGAACGUCACGUGCAUCAACUCCAGUACGAGAAGCAUCUAGUCGUAGACAGAAAAUACGUGUUGGUGAUCGCUUCAUGAACAUAACUGAAGCGGAAGAAUUGCUGCAAAGAAUGUUGAAGGCAAGCGAUAAAGCGAAACGUUCUGCCGCACGUUUUGAGACAGGAAUUGCUAACGAAGAAAGAGAUCUCGCUAUGUCGCGAUCAAAGGAUAGAGAUAAAUCCGGCAGAGGUUCCGCGGAAGCGAUUACGCCAGUGCACAAAAUGAGGUUUGACAGCAGAGGUGUUCCUGUUCCUAAAGGAGAAAGUCAGAGAUAUAAUGAUGAUUCGGAUUGCAACUUCGGUCAUCUAAACAAGGUUAUGAAGAGUGACGACGAAGUUUCAGCGAUUAUUAUCGCGUUUGUGUUCGGGAUUAUCGCGUUCGCUUUGCUAGCUAUAACGAUAUCAAAAGUGUCAAACUUUGCACAAAUGGCAACAGAAUGA